UUUAAUUUUAGCGCGUCAAUACUAGCAGAAGAAAUACCUCUAUAUUUCAAAUGUAAAAAGAAGAUUACAUGUUCUUUCUUUUGAUCAAAAAAUUCAGAUAAUUGAAGCUCCUAGUAGAAAAUCUAAAAAAUAUAUAACAAAAUGAUGCAUUGUACAAGAAUGUUAACUCUGAAAAAGACAUUGUUGUCUUCAACAAUGAAGUAUAUAAUGGAACGUCAAUGUAUUAUUACCAAUGGCAUUGCUUUUUCAAUAACACCCCAAUUUCAUAAGUUUUGUGAUGACACUCGUUCAAAAGCUUUGAGUGAAAGUAUAAUUAAAGUACAACGACAAGAUGGACUACUCUUCAGAUUGCUAUCUAAAGUGGGUUUACAUAAAGAAAAAUAUCAAUCAAUGGCAGUAGGCUAUUUAAUUUAUGAAAACUUAGUUGACGAACUUCAAUACUCCAAAUUUUUUAACGAUUUUAAUAUGGCAGACACAUUUUUCUCUUGGUUUCUGGUCACAGAAUUACACAUAUGGAUGUUACUAGUACGUUAUAUGGCUGAAGGAAAGGACGGUAAACUUGUCAGAAUUUAUCUGGUUGAAGCUUUGUGGAAAGAUGUUGAUAACAGAAUCAAGGCGCUUGGUACAAUACAUCCAAAAAUAAAGAAGAAACAAUUGUCUACAUUAUCUGCUCAAUUUAAUGCUGCUGUAAUUGGUUAUGAUGAAGGAAUUUUGUCAGAAGAUAGAGUAUUAGCUGGUGCACUUUGGAGGAGGUUCUUUUGUUUAGAGUGCAACAAUCCAGAACAUAUUGAGAAGCUCUUAAUAUAUGUAAGGAAACAGACUUAUUUAUUGGACAAGAUUCCAGCACACGAAAUCCUUAGAAGUACAAAAAUAAAUUGGGUAGAUUUAUCAAACAUCAGAUAAAGUUUUGUAUUACCAUGAACAGAUCUGUAUAUAUUAAUUAGAUAAAAUUCAUGAAC